AGAUGCAAAAACAAAAUGUUCUCAUAUUCUACGGGUGGUUACUGUGGUCUUGUUAGAAUGCGUGUCCUAAUAAGUGCCUUCUGUUUGAUAGCCGUCAUCAAUGCUGAUUUAAUCAGAAUUCCUCUGACAAAAAUCAAACCAGCCAGGACAAUUCUUAGAGAAAAUGGAUAUAAUGCUGUAAAGGAGGAUCUAAUCAGUAAAUAUGAUGCCUCUGUUAACUCUGGUGAAGAAGUGUUGAAAAAUUAUAUGGAUGCUCAAUAUUAUGGACCAAUAACCAUUGGAACACCUGGACAGACGUUCAAUGUUAUUUUUGAUACUGGGUCCUCAAAUUUAUGGGUCCCUUCUGAAAAGUGCGGUCUAUUCGAGUUUGCUUGUAGAUUCCAUAACAGGUACGAUUCAAAAAAAUCUUCAACCUACGAGGAAGAUAACCGAGAAUUCAAUAUAUCUUACGGAUCUGGCGCUCUCAAAGGAUUUUUAUCCUCUGACACUGUUGAGGUUGCAGGUCUCUCAGUUGAAGGUCAAACUUUUGCUGAAGCCACCAACGAACCAGGUCCAGCCUUCUUAGCUGGUAAAUUCGAUGGAAUUUUGGGAAUGGGAUACGAUACAAUAUCUGUCAAGAAAGUGCGCCCUUUCUUCUACAACCUUGUGGACCAAAAAUUGGUAGCACAACCUGUCUUCUCAUUCUACUUGAACAGAGAUCCCAAUGCCAAAGUCGGCGGAGAGCUCAUUCUUGGGGGUUCAGAUCCUAAAUACUACAAAGGAAGCUUCACGUACAUACCUGUCACGCGACAAGGGUACUGGCAAAUCAAAAUGGACGGAGUGAACGUGGCUUCUGAGAGGUUAUGUAAUGGUGGUUGUCAAGCCAUUGUCGAUACCGGUACCAGUUUGAUUAUCGGACCAUCAGCGGAAAUUGAGAAAAUCCAAAAGGCUAUUGGAGCAAAACCAAUUAUUGGAGGUGAAUACACAAUAGAUUGCAGAAGGAUAUCAUCUUUACCUGAUAUAAAUAUAGUCUUAGGAGGAAAAACUUUCACGUUGAAAGGAUCAGACUAUGUUAUGAAGGUUUCUUCAGGAUUUUUAACGGAAUGCAUCUCUGGUUUCAUGGCAAUGGACAUUGACCCUCCAGUUGGUCCUCUGUGGAUUUUGGGAGACGUUUUCAUCGGUAAAUACUACACGGAAUUCGAUUUGGGAAAUAACAGAGUAGGCUUAGCAACUGCCGUUUGAAAAUCUAUUUGUUGUUUAUAAUAUUUAUUAAAUUGGAGAUAUAAUU